AUGGAGAAAAGGUAUGCAGUUGUGACCGGGUCAAACAAAGGAAUUGGAUUUGAGAUUGUGAGGCAAUUAGCUUCUCAUGGAAUCACUGUGGUGUUGACCUCUAGAGAUGAGAAAAGGGGUCUUGAUGCUGUCCAGAAGCUCAAAGAAUCUGAUGGCUUUUCUGAUGAUAUUCUGCUCUUUCAUCAGCUCGACGUGGCUAAUUCAUCCAGUGUUGCUUCCCUUGCCGAAUUCAUCAAGAAUCAGUUCAGAAGGCUUGAUAUCUUGGUGAACAAUGCCGGAAUUAUUGGAGCCAUUGUAGACGUUGAAGUUUUCAAAUGUGGAGUUGAAACAAUGCACGUAGGAACACAAAAUGACUGGAGGCCCAUCCGUACAGAAACAUAUGAAUUGGCUACAGAAUGCUUGGAAACAAACUACUACGGUGCAAAGAGAAUGAUCGAAGCCUUUUUGCCUCUUCUCCAAUCUUCUCAAUCACCAAGAAUUGUAAAUGUCACUUCAACCAUGGGCAGGUUGCGGAGUUUUAGCAACGAAUGGGCGAAAGCAAUGUUGGGAAAACUAAGCGAUGUGGAAAACCUUACAGAAGAGAAGGUAGAUGAGGUGCUGAGUGAGUAUCUGAAAGACUUCAAGUCCGGCUCUCAAUUAGCCAAAGGUUGGCCUUUCGCUUAUUCUGUCUCCAAAGCGGCCCUCAAUGCAUACACCAGAAUCCUAGCUAAGAAGUUUCCGAGCUGUAAGGUGAAUUCCAUCUGUCCUGGCUAUGUUAAAACAGAUAUAAACCAUGAUUGUGGCAUGCUUUCAGCAGAAGAAGGUGCUGAAUGGCCUGUAAAGCUAGCUCUGAUGUCCGAUGAUGGUCCUUCAGGAUUAAUGGAGGACAAGAUAGCUCUAGGAAGAAAAAUCAAUAUCUCAAAGACACCAUCAAUGGCUGAAGCAACUAAAGUCACCACUUCCAAAAGAUUAUAUGCAGUUGUUACUGGGGCAAACAAAGGGAUUGGAUUUGAGGUUGUGAGGCAAUUAGCUUCUCAAGGAAUCACUGUGGUGUUAACUGCAAGAGAUGCGAAGAGGGGUCUUGAUGCUCUUCAGAAGCUCAAAGGGUCUGGUGGUUUUCCUGAUGAUCUUCUGCUGUUUCAUCAGCUAGAUGUGAUUGACAUGUCCAGCAUUGCUUCCCUUUCUGAUUUCAUCCGGAAUGUGUUUGGAAGGCUUGAUAUCCUGGUGAACAAUGCAGGAAUCACGGGAGCACAUAUAGAUGGUGAUGCAGUUAAGUCUUCAUUUGCAGCUGCUGGAGGGACAGAAGGAGCCCAAAUCAGCUGGGAUGUCGUGAAGAACGCGAUGAGCGAGACUUAUGAUUCAACUCUGGAGUGCUUGCAAAUAAAUUAUUAUGGUGCAAAAAGAGUGAUUGAAGCUUUUCUACCACUUCUGCAACUAUCUCAAUCACCAAGAAUUGUCAAUGUUUCUUCUGAAAUGGGCAAGUUAAAGAAUAUACCCAGUGAAAGGGCAAAAGGCUUAUUAAGAGAUGUUGACAGCCUGACAGAAGAGAGGAUGGACGAGAUGCUGAAUGCAUUUCUGAAAGACUACAAAGAAGGCUCCCUAGAGGCCAAUGGCUGGCCUUUAUUCUUGUCAGGAUAUACAGUUUCCAAAGCAUCCAUGAAUGCUUACACAAGAAUUUUGGCGAAAAGGCAUCAUAACUUCAAGGUCAACUGUGUCUGCCCUGGCUUUGCAAAAACAGACUCAAACCUUAACUCGGGAAUCUAUUCUGUAGAAGAAUGUGCCGAGCGUGUUGUAAGGUUAGCUCUGCAGCCUGACGAUGGCCCUUCUGGAUUGUUUUUUGUUCAUGGUAAAUUGACCCCAUUUGAUUAG